AUGCUUGUGAGGUUUCUAAUUCUCCUUGUAUUUGUAGUUGGCAUGGUUUAUGCCGAGCCAUAUAACUGCAAAGGUAAUUAUAUUCAAUCAGAUUACAUUGGUAAACUUCGAGUUCCAAUUAAUUGCGAUCUUACGCGCACAGACUGCCCGCCUUCUUGGAAGUCGGGAAUUCCUGAAGGCAGCGAAACAUCUUCGCCAAUGAUUGACCAGAAAUUUCUGAACUGUCAAGAAGGUUUUACUUCGUGUGGCUAUGUAUCGAUCGAUCCAAAAUCCGGUGCAGUCCUUGGGCAAAGUGGCGUUACGGUUGGCGCUGGUGUUGAUCUUGGAAGCAAGUCGAGGGCGUCUUUCACGUCAUUGUCAAGCACAUUAGUUGACAAACUUGAACCUUACUUUGGUUUGAAACGAAAUCUCGCUGCCUGUGCUGCGAUUGAACGUCCCUUGAGACUAACGCUAGCGGAGGCAAACAAUUUAACACGUACAGUUACAAACGAUGUGGUUACUGAAGUUUCAAAAAGAUACGACAGCGAUAAAGAUGACAAUGCGCUGGCGCUUGCAUCAGUCCCUCGUGGUAUUCGUACAGUCAUCGUCAGCGUUUGGUAUCAGUUUGGUUAUCCUACGGCUUAUCCAAGGUUUUGGAGAUUUGUGACGAAAAACGAUUGGGAAUCACGAAUCCGAACGAGCAAGCUAGAGGAGACUUGAUUAGACGAAACAACGAAGCGGACAUAAUUGAAGCAACUCUUGUUAGAUGCAACCGCUCUGUUGACGUUGUUUUCUUGAUAGAUGAAUCUGGAAGUGUUUCCCUCGGAGACUUUAAUGACAGCCUCGAUUUUGUAAAGAACAUGAUAAAAGCAUUUCCAGAUGAUAAACUCAGUGGGGAAAAUGGCACUAGAUUCGGUUUGUCCACAUUCAGUACUCUCUAUAAAUCACAUUUCUAUCUAUCAGACAACACAGAUCAGUCAGAGUACCUUUCUGCAGUCAGUCAAGUGUCGUACACCCAUGGAUCUACCUAUCUUGGUGAUGCUCUAGAACACGUCUUAACCGAUCAAUUCACCGAAGGACGAGGUUUGCGUCCAGAAGUAGAUGGCGUACCUCGUGUUUUGAUUGUUCUAACGGACGGCGAAGCGAACGACGCUGUUUCAAUUCCAGCAAAGAAUGUGAGAAAUGAAAACAUCGUUAUUUAUGCAAUUGGAAUCGGCGAAUAUAAUUUUGAACAACUUAAAGAGAUUGCUUCUUCUGAGUCACACGUGUACACGCUGUCUACUUUUACGGAACUUGAGAAAUUCAUUUCCACGCUAACGUCAUCAACAUGCUAUGAACCCCGUCCUGUUUCUCUUAACGAGACCAUAAUAACGAAUGUAGCGAAGGACACGUAUCAGUAUUUCAGUUACAAAGUAAAGGAAUCUUCAAACCUCGAAAUCAGUGUAGCCGAUUUAUCUGGUAGCACGCUUGUUUACGUCUCUCGCACUAAUCCUCACCCUUACAAGUACGACAAUGACAUUUCCUUCGACCUUUCACAGCAAAAGAAGAAAAUCAUCGUCAUUUCAGCUCGUCCCACACCAGAUACAAAGGGAAAACGGUCAACCGACGACGACGAGCUCACACGACAAAUCUAUGUCUCGGUAACUUCCGACACUGACUCGGCUUCGUUCGAGAUUGAAGCCAAUGAAUGUAAUCCCUUGAACUGUACGGAGGGAACAAAUGAAAUGCCUACACCUCCGAUAUCCUCAGGUGGUAUUUUUACUGCUACAAAGUUCGUGGUGGUAGGUUUUGCGAUCUUGUUGAUGCUUUUUGAACUAUAUGACAUUUGA